UGAUCCUCAUCUCGCGGCAGUGGCUCUGAACACAGCGUGCGGUGGCUCAGUAUGGAGAAGUCCACAAUCCCCGCGAAUGGACCGGAAACGGGUGAAAGCAGCUAACAGAACCGGGCCAACAUCCAGUAAAGACACCGGGAACUGAUGCAUUAGCACGAGAGUAGCAUGCUCGACGUGGGAAAGUGGCCUGUGUUUGCACUUCUGCCUCCAGAGGAACUGCGUCUCAUCCGCCAGGCGUGUGUGUUUGGCACCGCUGCUAAUGAGGCCAUCUACGUUACAGUCAAUGAUGAGAUGUUUGCUUUGGGAACAAACUGCAGUGGAUGCCUGGGUCUGGGAGAUGUCCAAAGCACCAUCGAGCCCAGACGGAUAGACUCCUUGUGCGGGAAGAAGAUUAUUUCUCUGAGCUACGGCACAGGGCCGCAUGUUGUCAUUGCCACUGCAGAAGGAGAGGUUUAUGCCUGGGGACAUAAUGGCUACAGCCAGUUGGGCAAUGGCACCACCAACCAUGGUCUGAUUCCUGCUCUAGUAUCCACCAACCUUAUUAAUAAGAGGGUGACCGAGGUGGCCUGUGGCUCCCAUCACACAAUCGCUCUUACCACCGAAGGAGAGGUGUAUGCCUGGGGGUACAACAACUCUGGUCAGGUGGGUUCGGGCUCUACAGCCAACCAGCCCACUCCACGCAGAGUCAGCAGCUGCCUGCAGAACAAGGUUGUAGUGAACAUUGCCUGUGGCCAGCUGUGCUCCAUGGCCGUUCUAGACAACGGAGAGAUCUAUGGCUGGGGCUAUAACUGUAAUGGGCAGCUUGGUCUGGGUAAUAAUGGCAACCAACAAACACCAUGUCGUAUCGCUGCUCUGCAGGGAAUCAACGUUGUCCAGGUGGCCUGUGGAUAUGCACACACUCUGGCGUUAACAGACGAGGGGUUUGUUUAUGCCUGGGGUGCCAAUGCAUACGGCCAGCUGGGCACUGGAAACAAGAGCAACCAGGCCUUGCCCACACUCAUCAACAUGGAUAAGGAAAGGAUGGUGGAAGUGGCUGCGUGUCACACCAGUCACACGUCAGCCGCAAAGACGCAGAGCGGCCAGGUGCUGAUGUGGGGUCAGUGUCGAGGUCAGGCUGUUCCCUUCCCACACAGCACACAUUUCUCCAGCACAGAUGAUGUGUUUGCCUGUUUCGCUACUCCUGCCGUAACCUGGCGUCUUCUAACUGUGGACGGAGAUGACUACCUAACUGUGGCUCAGUCCCUUAAAAAAGAGUUUGACAGCCCAGAAAUUUCAGACCUCAAAUUUCUAGUUGAUGGGAAAUGUAUUCAUGUUCACAAAGCUCUGCUCAAAAUCAGAUGUGAGCAUUUUCGUGCGCUGUUAAAUGAGAAUGACGAGGAAGCCAUCGAAAUCCAUCAGUUCUCCUACAUGGUGUACAGAGCUUUCCUGGAGUACCUCUACACGGACGCUAUUAACUUACCACCAGAGGAUGCCAUUGGUCUUCUAGAUCUUGCUACCUACUACAGAGAGACUCGUCUAAAAAGGCUUUGCCAGGAAACCAUUAAAAGAGGUAUUUCGGAGGAAAAUGCCAUCACACUGCUAUCUGCUGCAGUCAAGUACGAGGCACGGGACUUGGAAGAGUUCUGCUUCAAGUUCUGCGUCAACCACCUGACUGCCGUGACUCAAACCCAUGCCUUUGCCGACAUGGACCACGACCUGUUAAAGAACUUUAUUAGCAAAGCAAGUCGCUAUGGGGCUUUCAAAAACUGAGCCGGAGAAGGAACAGAGCAGAGACAGAGAGCUGAUGAAGAAGCGGGGAUCAGCGUUGCCAGAAGCAGGCAGAGUUCCAUGAUAUGUUAAAGCGCAUGGCAGAACGUCCUUGUUUUGGAUAAACCACUCCACAGGCUGCUGAUCACUUGGCACUGAUGCUUUGAAGCUGCAGAAAUAAAAUGCAUUUACAGUUUUGUAGGCUCCUGAGUAGAGAAACCACUAUACAGUACUAUGCAAAAGUCUUGGGCACAUAAAAACUAAACAUUUAGAAAUGUUGCAAUUAAACAUUUCUACGUAUAAAAUGAUUAUAAAGUUUGGUGUCAAUUCUGUAUUAGAUAGAAAAGUGAUCAUUCCGUAUGCAGAUGAUGAUGCUUUUUUAUUUGUGACUCACUGGAAAGCAAAACCUUCCUGCAAAUUUUUUCUUUUUGUUUUCUUUGCUGUUUCUCUGUUUUUAAAAAAAGAAUUGAACAAUGAUUUCACGUCAGAGUUCAGUAGACUUCUCUAUUCAUUUUCCAGAGUGUGGCGUAGAACUGUAACUCGACAGUGAUUCACUUCGGAUCUGGAAUCAGCGGUUAAUUCUAAAACCACUCUGCCAUUGACUGUUUUCACUAGAGAAAGUUUGUAUUCUGGUGCAGAAGGCACAUUGUCUCUACAUGUUACUAAUGAACACCAUUUGAGGAUUGCAAGUCAUAAUUCCCCCCUAGUGCAAUUACAUUUCUAUCCGGCAUGGAAUGAUACAGAGCCGUAGAAGUAAAACAGGUCUAUAUUGGGUGUAAACUAAACUGAAUUAUUAUUUGCACUACCAUCCUUUGCCUCUAAAUCUGCAGAUUGGAUGGAAACUCUUUCAUGCAACUUGAACAGUCUGCUGUUGUCUGUUCCGUCUGUUCUAUUACACCAGGCUUACAUUAUAGUUUCAUCUGGAAAGUGGCUUAUUAUGAAAUAUGUUCUUUUCUUUAACAUUGUACCCACAGUAAAAUUUUUUGAAUAAAACAGAAAACAAAGAACUUUGAGAACUUUUGUAUUAAAAAGGAUGCCUGAGACUUUUCCACAGUACUAUAAAAUGCCCACUGGUACAUUUAUUUUUACAAUUUUUUUUUACUUUCUGUAAAAUCCCUUUACCACAGAUAUUAUAAGGGAAGACCGUCCCACUAGUACAGAUUAAUAGUCAAUCCGUUAAUGGAUUGCUAAGAGGAUGCUUUCUGUAGGACCAAAGGAAAAAAAGAGAAAUAAAUGACACAUUGGCAGUGCACAUUGGAUUCACUGAAAAUCCUUUGUGCAUUUUGAAAGGACUUUCAUUUCCCUCAAUCAUUAUGAACUAUGAUUUUAAUACAUUUAUAACUAUAGAUAACUAGAGGAACCACUUAACCAGCAGCAACAAAAGCACUUAUAUAUGUGUUUACCUUUCAAUCGUAACGUUAUACCCAAUGCUAAAAUAUAUAAAAAAUAUGCUUACAUACUUUACAGUGUGAUAUGCUUGAGUUCCUCUUUUAAAGACCUCUUUUUAGGCAUGGUCACAUGGCUUGUAUUUACUAUUCUGCUACUCUGUAUAAAGUUGUAUUUGUAUAGUUUGUGCAACAUGGUUAGAUUAGAGAGUUUUAUUUUUCUUUACACCUGAAAGGUCAUUAUUUGUUUUGUGUAUUGUCCAAAUGUCAGUUUAUGUUUAAUAUGCACUGUUAUCUCUGGGUCUUGAACAUUUUUCCCAAGGCAUGCAUGUAAAAAAAAAAAAAAAAACUAGACUAUGUUCCUAAAGGUGGUGUUUACACAACAAAGUAAAUAGGGCAUUAUGCCCUCUUUUGGUCAUUUAUCUUUUUUUUUGCUUUAUAUCUGUUAUAUUAAAUACUCUGUUACACAAAGAAAAGAGUCAAACUAGACUGACAAGUGUAUAUUUAACUCUCUGAACGAUCAAGUUUGCCAUAAAAAUAUAGUUCAUUUGUUAUAGCACUAUUUCAAAAAAGAAAUGAUUGAACUCUUGUUACAGCAUUUGUACAUGCUUUAUUAAAAAAUCUUGACUAAUUGAACUAAAAUGUUUAAUAGUGGACUUAUCAAUAGUCUCUUAUAUUGCAAUAUCUGUUCAUUGUGUUUGCUCUCACGUCAUGUUUACAGUGAAGGGUUUCAUACCGGAAAACUUAUCAGACACUAUAAGGUGAUUUAGCUUUUUUUUUUUUCUCUCCGUUACACAACUGUGCGUUAUAUACGCAGUGGGGUUGUUAUUUACCAAGUGAUGGUGUGCUGACUAACUUUUUUGUGUUUUGAUUGUAAGUUGUAAUACAAACCUGCAGCUGAUGGCACCUUCCCUUCACUUCUCAAUUAGAUUUAAGUUAUGAUUUGAAGAAUGAAAAUAGCCUGGCUUAUAGCUAUUGAAAUAAAAAGUUCUUAAAAUA